CACAUUGCUCUAUAGGGGGAAAGGUUUUGGUUAUAUCUCCACAGAAAAUGGAAUUCAGCAGUGGGUCCCUGGACGAUGGAUCAGGACCCGCGUCUCCAGAUCCUGUUCACCAGCCCCGGAGACAACUCCCCAAGGAACCGGAACCGUGCCUUCAGAAGCGAGCGCGAAACCAGCUAGAAGCUGAGGAUGCUGAGUUUGUUCCUAUCGCAGCCAUGGCCAGAUUACAGCUAAGAAAAUCCCGCCGCUCACAGCGACCAAAUUUAAAUCCCCUCCCUACAUGGGGACAAUUAAAGAAAUUGACCAUAGAAGGGCAACGGCUUGUCCUUCAAGCAGGAAAGCCUUUAAACCCCGAAAACUUGUUUUUAGCUUUAUGUGCCUUGCUCACCGUUGCAUCGGGGACUGAGUCUUCCAGAUCCAAAGAAAAUAACUGACGGAGCUCCUAUAUUUCAACAAAAGACGGCUCUCUUGUGGUGGGGAGAUGGUGGAAUCGCUAACCCUGCUGUUGCAGCCGAAGAAUACCCUCAUCACCUUCAAAAUCAUAUUUGGAAGAUCCCAGCCGCUAUGCAACCUGUAACCUUGUACAAUGUUUCAUAUUCAGGGACUAGUCGAUCUGUAUCUACUACUUAUAAUUUUACUAGGUUUAAAAUGUAUAAUAUUACUGUUUGUGCACCUCUACCUUAUGUCUUUUUAGUGGGAACUUUUAAUUUUACACAUUUUUCUUGUACUUGUUUAAAUUGUCAAUUGUUUACAUGCUUAAAUAGCACACUAAAUUUCACUAAGCCUUAUACAGUUAUGCUGUUACAACAAAAAACUCAUAUUUGGUUGCCUGUAAAUUUAACUCGACCUUGGUCUCAAGACCCGGUAAUUUCUGUUACUACUGAAUUUUUUAAACAUCUGUUAAAACGUACAAAAAGAUUUAUUGGAAUAGUGGUUGCUGUACUGUUAAGUCUGAUAACUGUAGCCUCUCUAGCAGCAGUCUCAGGAGUAGCUUUACAUACCUCUUUGCAAGAAAAACAUGUUGUCGAAUUAUGGCAUGAGAAUUCUCAUGAACUUUGGUUAACUCAGUGGCAAAUAAACGCCAAACUACAACAACAAAUAGACCUCCUUAAACAAACAGUUGAAUGGAUGGGUAGAAAAAUAUUGGCUCUUCAGCAUCAAGUGUUUUUAAAAUGUGAUUGGAAUUCAACUACUUUCUGUAUAACCCAACGACCUUAUAAUCAGACAGAACUUGAAUGGGAAAUGAUUAGAAUGUAUUUAAAUGGAAACACCUCUGCCCAGGAGGAAAUAGAAUCUUUGCAUAAUCAAAUUGACAAGGAUUUUGCAAAGCAAAAUGAUGAUGAAUCUCUAGCACAAUUCGCGCAAUUGCUUGCUCAAUCUUUGAAAGGAUUAGAUUCCAAAGGAAUCUGGCAGAGCAUUACCCACACUUUUAGUGGCAUGGGACUUAGUUUAAUUAUAGUUCUCAUUGCCAUAGUUCUUGUGUAUUUUUACUGCAUAAGACGAAAUGCUAUUAAUAACCUGAUCUUAUGGAAAUUGUUGUUAAAAAAUAAAAAGGAAGGAAGUGUGGGGGAUGAGGUGUCACUUUGUAGGCCCAACCCCCUCUAACCUGCAAUUUACAAUAGCCGCCCUGGUAUGCGAGAAGGAGGUAGAACGGGAAUGCCUGUUCUCAGUGAGCCCUCACCCUCUGGAAUCCAUACUGUGAGCUGGCUUUGUUUUGCAGAAGUCUUGAGGAAGUGGCUGGCCACCCUUUGUGACACUAACAGCAGACAAAUUAACAACAUUCUUGAGCUAAUGAAUUUCUUCCUGGGCUAGAGAAGUUGUGAGAACUGGUUGUGAUUAUUUACUUCACUUAGAUAGUUUUAGAAUAAACAUUGUAGUCUGUCACGUUGUAGCUUGCCACAAAGAAUGCCUUUUCACUACUUAAUUAUCUGGGCUCUGUGAAUUGAUCGGGUUUACUAUAUAUGAAUCCUAAAAUAAAGAUUGUGCGUACAGUGCAGUGCAGUGCAGUGUAACGCGGUGCAGACAGCAAAGGUGUCUCUCCUGUCUUUCUUUUCCAAGCGCUGUACCCCCCGUGUCCCGACAAGGCGUGCGUGUUUACCUUGCCCGGAGUUCAGAGUGCUCUAGACACUCACGACAGUCUU